GUUCUGUUCUUUCCCUGUUUUCACUCGUCAGAAUUCGUAGAGAUGGCUGGAGGUUCUUCGACGCUUCAUACGCCGAAACAGAGGAAGAGGGUGGAGGCGGAGACACCGACAACGAUGAAGCGAGCAAGGGAUGGGAGCGCUUUCACGAAAUGUGAAGCUUGCAAAAAGGAUAUACAUGUUGGGCUAAUCGAUAUGCAUGAUUGCGGCAUGGAUUCGAAAAUUAAAAUGAAUCUCGAGGCUCAGGUGGUGGAAAAGGUAACUGAGGUGAAGAAGCCAGAGAAGAAGAGAGCUGCCUCUUCAACUCAGAAAGAGAGGAAAUCCAAGAAGGAAAAGAAAGGACGUGAUUCUAACAAACGCAAACGUCCCCCGACGGCAUUCUUUCUCUACAUGGAGGAUUUUAGGAAAGAAUUCAAGGAGGCUAACCCUGACAAUAAGAGCGUUGCUUUGGUUGCGAAAGAGGGUGGUGUGAAAUGGAAAUCCAUGACAGAUGAGGAAAAAAAGCCUUAUUUGGAUAAAGCUGCAGAGCUGAAGGCAGAGUAUGACAAGGCUGAGAACGAUGCUGAAAAUGAAGAAGCCAAAGAGGAGAAUGAUACUGAGGAAAAAGGUGUAGAGAAAGAUAAUAGAGAGUCUGAGAAUGAGGAAGAAUGA